CCAUUACCAGCAGGUAUCAUAAAGCUGCAGACUGGCACACAGGAUCCUCUCCCACCCAAAAAGGCUGAACAGCUGCCAGCUUCAAGUACCACAUGAAUCUCUUGUUGCGUUGUGUGAUUUUUCUCCUGUUACAUCCAUAUCUGUACAGCAAACCUUAUAUCAUAGAUGGCUUGGUACAAAAUGGUAUUGGGACUGCUGAGACUGUGGAAAGACCUCUCCAGGCCGUCACUGCAAAAGACUUCUCCUGGGCAAAAGAAAACCAGACAUGCAGUCAACUCUUGGAGGAUUGCAAAGAGUUUCUUGGCCUUCUCCUGCCUUCUUCAUCUUGGCUGCUAGAACCUGCUCUGGCACUGGGCUUUUUGCAGGUUGGAUGUUUAACUGAACAGGAUCGUUUCUUUUUGGAUUUAAUUAAAGAUGACGAUGCCAGGAGAUUGUUUAAUAUAAUGGCUGAGCAAUUCAAUACCCCUAUUCACCAAACCACUGCCCCUCAUAUUAGCCAACAACAUCUUCACAGGUUUGACUUGCUGAGAUUCAAUUUAGAGUCUAUUUAUCCGAAUGCUCUGGAUCCAUCACACCACAAGCAUUGCUCUGGUAUCCAACAAGAGGAGCAGAACGUUCUUCUGAAGGGUUUUAUUCUUGGGUUCCAUUCGUCCCUACAUCAUGCACAGGCCCACUGUCGUAGGUUAGGUCCAGUUUGUGCUGGUGUUUCUUCUGAUACCUUGGCGCAAUAUAAAAGUGUGGCAAGGAACGGCGGGUAUAUCGUACCCCAUGCUGGAUCAAAGUUAUGGCUGCAUCGCUGUAUUGGUGAACACCUGAGGAGACGUUCUACUGAUCCUGAGUGCCAGAGUGAAAAGGAAUUGCACAUUUAUAAAGUCAUGCAAUGGAUUCCAGUGGUCAGUGGCUAUUACAGUGCUGGAAGUGCUAUUUAUUAUGCCUCACAAGGAUGCUCUGUUCUUGCAGAGGACAGGGCCAUUGAAGCCUCCGUUGAUCUAGGCUAUGAUUCUUUAUUUGUUGCCACUGGGGGAGUUUCUGGGGCAAUAAGUGCAGGUGUAGGUAUGGGUGUGAAGCCUGCAUUAAAAGAUGGUGUGAAAUCAGCUAUAAACUACUUUAAAGCACAAUUGUCACGUUGAACGUGCUGCCUCGUCUCAGUGAUUGACAGCCGUCCAUCAAUGAGUGGGAAUACAGAGAUAGCGAGAAGUCACUGAGUAGAUCAAACCACUGGACUCCUUAGCUUAGAACAGGGAUGCCCAACCUGCGGCCCUCCAGCUGUUGCAAAACUAAAACUUCCAUUAUGCCUGGACAGCCUACAGCUAACAGGGCAUGCUGGGAGUUGUAGUUUUGCAACAGCUGGAGGGCCGCAGGUUGGGCAUCCCUGGCGCAGAAUAAUUAGAGCUUGUUCACAUCUGCAUUGACUUGUGUUAUUUUGUUCUGUCAGAGGAACGGAUAAACAAAAAAGAAAGUGUCCUGUUUAAUCCCCAUAUGUUAAAAUGAGUUUUUAGAGCAUCAGUUAGGCUGCUUUCACAUAUGCCGCUUAGCAUAGUU